AUGAGCGAGGAGAAUAUAGAGGCGUAUUUCUACGCUUUAGAAUUUUGGUUCCAAGCAUCACUCGUGCACAGUGAUUCCAGAAAAUUUCAUAUUGUUCUUGCGAGUCUGCCGCCUAAUAAGCUGUUGGAACUGAAGCCAAUAGUGGAGGCCGCACCCCUGACUGAUAAAUUCGCUUACAUCAAACAAAAGAUCACCGAUCAUUUCACUGAAAGCCAGCAACGCCGCUUGCAGCGCAUUCUCAAGGACAUGCCUCUUGGUGAUCGAAAACCGAGCGAAUUAUUCAGUGAAAUGAAGCGAGUGGCCGGCACUACGCUCAACGAUAGCCUUCUACACGAUCUAUGGAUUUCACGACUCCCUCCUUACGUUCAAGCCGCCAUAAUUGCAACAAAUGUUCCGCUGACGGAGGAGGUCAAGGUGGCCGAUUCGAUCACCGAGUCCAUUGGGUGGUACAAUGGGCAAGUAGACAUGGUAUCUUCGCGGAAUGACCUUUCUGACCUCAAAACCGAAAUUGCGGAAUUGUCACGAAAUUUGCAAAGACAACUCAAGGUUAAAGACAGACCACGCGGCAGAUCAUCGUCUCGAACAAAAACGGUACCUCCAAACGGAGCUUCAGCAAACGGUUUCUGCUGGUAUCACGCCAAAUUCGGCGACAAAGCAACAAAAUGUCGCGCACCAUGCACAUUCACUAAACCUGUAACGGCACAAUAA